AUGGAUACAGCGCAGGAUAUAUCGCAACUGCCGGCUUUGGAACCACCUGCGGGUGUGGUGCCGAAUUUUAUCGACCCGUUUACGUUUUACCCAUGGAUUCUCGCCAUCGGCCUCAUCAGCAUUGUGCUGAUGACUGCAGCUGUGGGUAUUCGGAUAUACACAAAGGCGGUCAUUCUGAAGUCUAUGAAGCAUGAGGAUUACUUCGCCAUCUUCGCCUUGAUUGGUUUUCUCAUCUGGGAUAUAAUAUUUAUAUACUUGUCGGGCCUUGGGUUAUCUCGAAAUCAAUGGGAUAUUCGAGCUAUCGAUGUGUCCUACUUCCUAUACAUGAUGAACGUCAUCGAAAUUAUCUACGGACCUUCGAUGCUGGCAGCCAAGUAUUUCGUGCUUGUUCAGCUAAGAAGAAUAUUCUGUCCCGGAAGUUUGAGGAACUCGGUAUGGUGGAUAAUCAACGGCCUCAUCGCGGCAACGGUGGGAUACUACAUCGCCUGCUUCUUCACCUUCACGUUCCAGUGCUGGCCUCGUGCUGCGAUAUGGAACCCGGUGCUAGAGCCAGAUGCGACCUGCAUCAACUUUAAGGUCGCCACGUUGGUUUCUGGCGUCAUCAACAUGCUCCUGGAUAUUGGUAUCUUCUUAACUCCUCUGUGGGCAAUAUGGCUCAUUCAAAUGCCCAUGAAGCGUAAGCUGGGAGUUAUAUCCGUAUUUGGCGUCGGGUUCUUUACCUGUGCAAUUGCUGUCCUUGGGGUUGUUUUUCGCGUUCCUCUCGUCACAGACGAUAAUCUGACUAUGGCUAUCGCCAAAGUAGGGCUAUUUACGUUCGCCGAGUACUUCGGAACCAUAUUUGUAGGCUGCAUGCCGCUGUUCCCACGAUUCUGGGCUCGUAUGCGUGGGAAAGAACCACUAGAAUCCCAGGGGACGAAGAGUUCAUUUUCGAAUUCUCAUAUAAAAGAAGGAUCUAUGGCAUAUCCCGCAACUCGAAUUAGAAGCUCUGCACAAUCCCCAAGUGAAGCGCAUCUACGCCAUGACUCCUACAUAGAACUGGAGGAUGGCCGGCAUGACUCCCAGGAGUGGAGGAGCGUGGGAUACGCUGUAUAA